GUUCAAAUUGCUGUUAGUUGCUCGUGGUCUGACUCGGGACAAAGAACAACAAAAGUGCUCUCCAAAAACUUUUUUUUUAUUUUGUUCCUUUUCCGCCCGAACAAGAAAAUUGUCUGAUUGUCUCCCUCAAGAAUCGUGAUAAAAAUAUAAAAAAAUAUGUGAUAGAAAAGUUUUGAUAUUUGAAAAUAUUUCAAGUGAUCAAAGUUUGUCAAUAAAUAAAUUUUAAAUAACACUUCCAAUAAAAUUUAUCACAAAAAAUUUAAUUUAAACAAAAAUUUGUUGCAACAAUGUGUCUAAAGUUGAAUUUAUUGAGUCUAAUUGUUAUUAGCGUGCUACUUCUACAUGUGUGCCAUUCACAGGAUUUCGGAUACGACGGAGAUCACGGCCCAUCGCAUUGGGGAGAAGAAUUCGGCGAAUGUACGGGAAAGCAUCAGAGCCCGAUAAAUAUCGAUUCGGAGCACGUAACGAGGAAGGUAUUGCCGAAAUUGAAGCUGGCCAAUUUUCAUGAUAAGCCAAAGGAAAUGAGUAUCACCAAUAACGGGCAUACAGUGCAGUUAACGGUAAAUGUCGAGAAUAUGCCGUCUGUGAAGGGAGGUCCGCUAAAUGGCACCUAUCAUUUUGCUCAAUUGCACUUUCAUUGGGGCGACAAUGACACGUAUGGCAGCGAAGAUACCAUCGAAGGGCAUUCGUAUCCGAUGGAAUUGCAUGCAGUCUUCUUCAAAUCUGAUUAUUUGUCGGUUAAAAGUGCCUUAAAUCACGAAGAUGGACUGACGGUGUUGGCUUUCUUCUUUGAGAUAUCCGAAGAGGACAAUCCGCAUUACGAGGAAUUUACAACGCUCUUGGGAGAGAUUAUUGAGCCACGAACAAGUGCAGUUUUUAAAAAAUUGCCGUCGUUUGGGGAGUUGUUUGCUACGGAUUUUACGCAUUAUUAUACCUAUAAUGGAUCACUUACGACACCUCCAUGCAGCGAAGUCGUAACAUGGAUCGACUUUGCCAACCCAAUUCUCUUGUCUCAUAAUCAGCUCGAGACGUUCCGUCAUCUGAAAGACGAUCAUCAUAUGCCCUUAACGCACAACUUCCGUCCCGUUCAACCGUUGGGCGAUCGCGAAAUUUGGUUCAACAUUUUGCCGGAAGAGGAAGGCAAGGAUAUUGAUUUGUCGAAGCCUCAUACGCAUCCGCAUGACGAAGAGGAGGAACACGAAUUGGAUGAGAAUCGCGUCGGAAUGCGACCCGCGUACAGAAAAGAAGCGGAAGAAAGCGAAAAUAAUCAUCAUAAUCAUCACAAACACAAACACGGCAAGGGGGAAAGUAGUAGAAUUGGCACGAUGAAUUUGUUGCCAUUUGUGAUUUUGAGUGCCUUGACCUUUGUCUAAACAGUCGAAAAAUUGUGCUAUGAAUCGAAUUUACAAAGUUAACGAACAUCCAUUAAUUUAUUUUCAUUGUUCUCUGUUCACCUAACUAUCUUUUAAACCGUAGAUGUGUGUGAAAGAUUGAUCUAUUUUUAAGCAAGCAAAUUGUUUGUCUUACUUAUAUUUGGUAAUAAAAUAUUAAAUUUAAA